AUGUACAUCUUUGAAAAACCCGCUCUCACUGGACGAAUUGCUCGGUGGCAGAUUCUACUAUCGGAAUUUGACAUUGUUUAUGUCACUCAAAAGGCGAUAAAGGGGAGUGCCUUGGCAGAUUACCUGGCUCAACAACCCAUCAACGACUAUCAGCCUAUGCAUCCAGAAUUCCCAGAUGAGGACAUUGUGACCUUGUUUGAGGAGGAAGUAGAGGAUGAAGAUAGGGACAAAUGGAUUGUAUGGUUCGACAGCGCGUCUAAUGCACUAGGCCAUGGAGUUGGGGCGGUUUUGGUUUCCCCCAACGAACAAUAUAUACCUUUCACAGCUAGGUUGGGUUUUGACUGCACAAACAACAUAGCUGAGUAUGAGGCAUGCGCCCUUGGGAUCCAAUCGGCAAUUGACUUCAAGGUCAAGUUGCUCAAGGUAUAUGGGGACUCAGCCUUGGUAAUCCACCAAUUGAUAGGGGAAUGGGAGACCAGGGAUCAUAUGUUGGUGCCCUACCAGGCCUGCAUCAGGAAGAUGAUAGAAUUCUUUGAUGACAUAUCCUUUCAUCACAUUCCCAUAGAGGAGAAUCAGAUAGCCGAUGCCCUUGCCACUCUAGCAUCCAUGUUCCAACUAACCCCGCACGGGGAUUUGUCGUACAUCGAAUUCAAAUGUCGUGGCAAGUUUGCAUAUUGCUGCUUGAUAGAAGAAAAGUAG